GCAUUGGCAUGGAUGCAAGUGUAACUCCACUACGUCAUGGUGGCCUUUCUCUUGUUCAAACCACAGACUUCUUCUACCCUCUGGUAGAUGACCCAUACAUGAUGGGUAAAAUUACUUGCGCUAAUGUUCUUAGUGAUCUUUUUGCAAUGGGUGUAACUGACUGUGACAACAUGCUUAUGCUUUUGGGUGUCUCUACAAAAAUGACAGAAAAGGAAAGAGAUGUUGUUGUGCCUCUUAUGAUGAGAGGGUUUAAGGAUGCUGCUCUAGAAGCUAACACAUCUGUGACAGGUGGCCAGACUGUGAUGAACCCCUGGUGUACCAUUGGGGGUGUUGCUACAACUGUAUGUCAGUCCAACGAGUUCAUUGUGCCAGACUGUGCAGUUGUUGGUGAUGUUCUGGUGCUUACAAAACCUCUAGGAACUCAAGUAGCUGUUAAUGCGCAUCAGUGGUUAGAUCAGCCUGAGAGAUGGAAUCGCAUCAAACUUGUCGUCUCAGAAGAGGACGUUCGCAAAGCUUACCAGAGAGCUAUGGACUCUAUGGCCCGUCUCAAUAGAACAGCUGCCAGAUUGAUGCACAAAUAUAAUGCUCAUGGUGCUACAGAUGUAACAGGAUUUGGUCUCCUUGGCCAUGCCCAAAAUUUAGCAAGAAAUCAGAAGAAUGAAGUAUCUUUUGUCAUCCAUAAUCUUCCUAUCAUCGCUAAGAUGGCAGCAGUUGCAAAAGCAUGUGGAAAUAUGUUCCAUCUUUUACAGGGAUUGAGUGCAGAAACCUCUGGAGGCCUCUUGAUUUGUCUGCCCCGUGAACAGGCUGCAGCGUAUUGCAAGGACAUUGAGAAACAAGAAGGAUAUCAAGCAUGGAUUAUCGGCAUUGUAGAGAAAGGAAAUCGAACAGCUCGCAUUAUUGACAAGCCGCGGGUUAUUGAAGUUCCGGCGAAAGAAAAAGAUGGGGAACUUUGGUAG